GAUUGGUUAGAAAGAGAAAUAAAAAAAGAAUUCCUAUUAUAAUAAUGGUUUGUUGUAAAAACAGUAAUAAUAAUAAUAGUGGUAAUAACAAUGAAGAGAUAACUUGUCUGUAUAAUGACAAUGAUAAUGAGCAGAAUAAUCCCCACAGAAACUUAUAAGUUUCAAUAAAACUGUUGUGUACAAAACAGAAUUAGAAUCAUUGUACAUUAGGAUAUCUUUUAAUAUUAUUGUUAUCAUUAUUAUUAUUAUCAUAAUCAUCAUCGCCAUUAUUAUUUUCACUGACGCACAAUAUCCGUCUAACUUGUAAUGUUUUAUUUACAAAGAUAUAAAUGUAUAUGAAUAUGCUUAAUUUAACAAUGCGACUACUCUUAAUGUUGAUUGUCCUGUUACCUGUUUACACUGAUUCAACUGACAAUUCUCUAUAUAAAGAUAUUCAGUUGGAUACAACACAUUCUGUUAUACGACCUGAUAUUGAAAUAUCCGUGAUAAUCAUGGUAUGUGUAGUGUGUUGUAUUGUCACAGUUGGAAUUAUUGGUAAUGUUCUGGUGAUUUGUGUUCUAACAUGUAAUCGUAAACGUAUGGUAUAUGAAACAUUCUGUGUCGGGCUUGCUGUCACAGAUUUAAUCUAUUUAACAAUGACUAGUCCAAUAACUGUGAUGCAAUACUUUUUGAAAAGUUGGAUAUUUGGUAUAUUCUGGUGCAAGGUGUUCAAUUUUAUUGUACAAGUUACAGUGUUCUCGUCAGCAUUUAUGUUACUCGGUCUGACGACAAGUCGUUUCUUAGCCGUUGUAUUACCUUGGCAAAAUUUGAAGACAACAGAAAUUCAAGCGAAAUUGGUUUGUGUUGGAGCAUGGUUAGUUGGAAUUAUCUUUGCUCUCCCAAUAAUGAUAUUUCAAGUACUGACACCAGAUCCAUCAUAUGAUGAUUUAUUACCGCAUAACAUUACUCUGCUGAAUACUAUUCCGCCUAUUCGCAUAGACAACAACUCAUUUUAUAUAACAGAUAUACCACAAUAUCAAACUGCAACUAUAGCAAACUUUAAGGAGAUACCUAAUAAUUUUAUUACCAAUAAUAAUAAUAUUAUUACUAAUAAUAAUAAUAAUGAAAAUUGCAAUCGUGAAGUACUUUGUCGUGAAAAAUUUCCAUCUCAAUCAAGUCGUACAGGUUAUCAAUUAUUUGUUCUACUCUCAACCUAUGUACUUCCAUUUACUUGUAUUUUAAUUUUAAACUCUUGUAUUGUGUUAAAAUUAAAACAAAAGAACGUUACAGAAAGGGAGAGGAAUCGAUUUCGACGCUUUUCUGCACACGACAGUUCCCUUUAUGCAAGAAAUAGUAAUACUAGUAAUAAUCCCAACAACAACAAUAACAACGACAAACCCACCGAUAAUCUUGACAACAGAAAAGCAUCGAAUACAAGUAACAAGUUGACCUGGUUGAAAAACAAACGGAAAAGGCAUACAGAUAAAAAUCAAGAGAAUUUAGAAAUAAACAUGCUAGACAAUGUGAAUGAAAACUGUUCAUCCCAUCGUCAUCACUAUAAUAAUAAUAAUAACAAUAAUAAUAAUACACAAAAUCAACAACAACAAAACUUAGAACAACAAAUAUCUAAUGAUACUGUUACAUCGAAUAUGACUAGUCCAGCAAGUCCUGGAUAUCGUGAAACUGGCAGUGUUAUCACUACAGCAAAUAAUUUACCAGAGAAUAUCUCAUCGAAUAAUCCAAAUGAAUUAGUACGUGCUACAAGAGAGUUGAAGAAAAAACGCUUGCGAUCUAAAGCAACAAAACUGGUUGUCUUAGUGACAACUUUAUGGGGUGUAUGUUGGUUACCGACGCAUAUAAUUAAUUCAUGGUUCUUUUUUGACGAGGCUAGUUUUCCGUUUAUUCCAGCUAUGAAAAUAGCUAAGCUGAUAUCACAGACAUUAUCCUUUGCUGCAUCUUGUGUAAAUCCUAUAGUGUAUAGUAUAUUAACUGGUUCAUUUAAAACAGCCUUAUCAAAUCGUUUCAGAAAGCGGAAUCGACAUGAUCGGACAAAAACUGAACUAUACUAUAUCUCAGAAUAAUUGCGCCAAAGUCAUUAUUACAAUUAUGAACACUAUUAUAAAAUAAAAUACUAUAAAAGCGAAAAAAGAAACGUAUAUUUCUUCAUAUUACAGAGUUAAAACAAGCGAAAAAAUGUCAGACAAAAAUAAAGAAAGAACAAAUUAAACCAGAGGAAAUCUUGAAUGCAACGCAAAAUCACUUGUUGAAUGAAAUCGUUGAAUUCAUACAAACAUUUAUUAAGACAAUAAUUACAUGUUCCACUCUCUUUUCAUUCGUUCUAUCUCUCUUUCUCUCAUCAGUAUGUACUUAUCGGGAGUUUUGAAUGAUUGCCAUUUUCUUUCUUCGUCCAUAUAUCUAUAUACAUAUAAAUCAACCCAAUUAAACUACUUUGUGAAUAAGAUAAUAAAUCUGGUCAAGGGAAGGGAAGAAAAUAACAACUGGGAAAUGCUUGAAAAGGCCUUUUUUCCCAAUGUGUAUUAUGUUAUCCUUAAGAUUAAUUCAUAUUCUAAGUUGUGCUUAUUAGUGUUCCUUUUCAAUCUCAUACUGCAUGUUCUUUUUGUUUCCUCUUUCUUGAAGUCUUUUUUUUAGUGGACAAAUAAAUUGUGUAGCAAGAGAGAAAAAGUUUAAUAUGAGUUUAAAAGACAAUCAUGCUCUCAUUUGUAAUUACAGAAAAUAUAUGCAUAUAAGUGUGUUUAAAGUUUGUGUUUC